AGAACACCGGAGCCCUGAGCGUAGUACCGCCCAGCAGCGUGCGGUGAUUUGAAAGCUCGGCUCGCACUUAGCGGACUUCAGAAGUAGCGGGUGGCGCAGUCCCCGCCCCCUUAGCCCCGUCCCCGCCCCAGACCCUGAGGCAGCCACCUUAUCCAGAGUGCUCGCAGGCUCUGCGUGCAGACUGUGAAAGGCAGCAAGCUUUCCCGCCCUUGGAGCAGGCCGGCCGCCCUCAUGUCCACUCUGCUGAUCCAUCAUCCCCAGUAUGCCUGGCUGCAAGACCUGGGGCUCCGCGAGGAAAACGAUGGAGUGUAUAAUGGAAGCUGGGGAGGCCGGGGAGAGGUAAUUACGACCUAUUGUCCUGCUAACAAUGAGCCAAUAGCAAGAGUCCGACAGGCCAGCAUGAAAGACUAUGAAGAAACCAUAGGGAAAGCCAAGAAAGCUUGGAACAUCUGGGCAGAUAUUCCUGCCCCAAAGCGAGGAGAAAUAGUCAGAAAGAUUGGCGAUGCCUUGCGGGAGAAGAUCCAGUUACUGGGAAGACUGGUGUCUUUGGAGAUGGGGAAAAUCUUAGUGGAAGGGGUGGGAGAGGUUCAGGAGUACGUGGACAUCUGUGAUUACGCUUCUGGCUUGUCAAGGAUGAUUGGAGGACCCACCUUGCCUUCUGAAAGACCUGGCCAUGCUCUCAUCGAACAGUGGAAUCCAUUAGGCCUGGUGGGAAUCAUCACUGCCUUCAAUUUCCCUGUGGCUGUGUUUGGCUGGAACAAUGCCAUAGCUCUGAUCACAGGGAAUGUCUGCCUUUGGAAAGGAGCACCAACAACUUCCCUCGUUAGUGUAGCAGUCACAAAGAUCAUAGCGAAGGUUUUGGAGGACAACCUGCUACCUGGUGCCAUUUGUUCCCUGAUUUGUGGUGGAGCAGAUAUUGGCACAACAAUGGCCAGAGAUGAGCGUGUGAACCUGCUGUCCUUCACUGGCAGCACUCAGGUGGGGAAGCAGGUGGCCCUCAUGGUGCAGGAGAGGUUUGGGAAAAGCUUGUUGGAGCUUGGAGGAAAUAAUGCCAUUAUUGCUUUCGAGGAUGCAGACCUCAGCUUGGUUCUUCCAUCGGCUCUCUUUGCCGCCGUGGGAACAGCUGGCCAAAGGUGUACCACUGUGAGGCGACUGUUCCUGCACGAGAGCAUCCACAACGAGGUUGUAGACAGACUGAAGAAUGCCUACUCACAGAUCCGUGUUGGGAACCCCUGGGACCCCAAUAUUCUCUAUGGACCGCUUCAUACCAAACAGGCUGUGAGCAUGUUUGUGAGAGCUGUGGAAGAAGCAAAGAAAGAAGGAGGCACAGUGGUCUAUGGGGGCAAGGUCAUGAAUCACCCUGGCAAUUACGUGGAGCCCACCAUUGUGACCGGUCUUGCCCAUGACACGCCCAUUGUUCACAAGGAGACUUUUGCCCCAAUUCUUUAUGUCUUCAAAUUCCAGAAUGAAGAAGAGGUCUUUGAAUGGAACAAUGAAGUAAAACAGGGACUUUCAAGUAGUAUCUUUACCAAGGAUUUGGGCAGAAUCUUCCGCUGGCUUGGACCUAAAGGUUCAGACUGUGGCAUUGUGAACGUCAAUAUUCCCACCAGUGGGGCUGAGAUUGGCGGUGCAUUUGGAGGAGAGAAGCACACCGGUGGUGGCCGGGAAUCUGGCAGCGACGCCUGGAAGCAGUACAUGCGGAGAUCUACAUGUACCAUCAACUACAGCACGGCCCUCCCUCUGGCUCAGGGAAUCAAGUUUGAGUGAUGCUGGGUCAGCUUGGCAUCACUUAGCCAUUCCUUCGGCUGCUCUGAAGAAGCCUGAGAGGACUCUGAUUUGCCCUGGAUAAAUGAUCGCUUUGAGGACAGCAGUGACUAAUCCCCAGUGAUCCCAGACCCCUGACUAAAUCAAGAUACUUAUCAAAAAUUCAAAAUUAAAUAUUAACAAUCUAGCUACAUAGCAAAAGAUAGGUUUGGUGAGUUUUAUGUCACUGAUUACUUUUUAAUUACAGCUAAUCAUUUCUUAGUAAAGUAAUGCCAUCAUAGGAGGUUGGGGGCAUGAAAAACGGAAUAGAGAGGAAGAAGUCUUUGCAGUAGAGAGAUGAAGAGUCUUCUGAGUAGUGCUGAGUAUUCAUGGUCCCCUCCUGGUAGGGACUGAGGGGGAGAGGUGCCCCUCACAUGCUGGAGCACAGUUUCAUGUACAUGAUUUGCAGUGUUCUAAAUGACAGUGGGUCAUUGUUGGGUGAGGUGAGGGACUGAACAGAGUUGUGAAUGGUUGCUGGGCAUGUGUGAAGUCCUGGGUUCAAAUCCUAGCACCGCAACAACAAAAAUAAUGCUCUAAUGACAAAGGCUAUUCACCCAGUUAUGACUGCUCCUGACUGUGUCAGCCAGAAAGGAAAUGUGACAGUCCUUCGUUCUUGUCCCAGGACUUGCUGGGAACUUUGGGACUGAAGUUGCUCAUGAAAGCACAUCUGGAUGCCUUGAGUCACCUCAGACUAUGUGGCAGAGCUGCAGGCUUCUGCAGCUGCUCAUGGUUUUCUUCUCAGCCUGAGUGUUCACUGGGCACUCAGGGAAGGUCACUGCUGAGAGUCUAUGGUCUCACUGGGAAGCUGUGCUGGCCACAGAGGUCCCUGUUCUCAAGUGGUGCUGACACGCUAUACUUCUGCAUAGCAGUCACCACUGGGCCUGCUCCUGCCACAUUGGGCUCGUGGAGAAACCUUUGGGGAAUAGGACAUUGUAGGCAACCUGAGUUAUCAUGUGGAAAGAUUUGGACAAUAGAAAUCUGGGGGAUGAGUUAGUGUGAGGAAGAAGCAGGUGGAACACUAAUUAAUAUGUUAAUAUAGUGAUAUGAUACAUUUAUAUAAUUAAAUUUGCAAUAGAUUUGACUAUAAAAGUUAAAGAGGCUGUAAAUAUAGUUCAGUUAGGUAGACUGCUUGCCACUCAUCGCCUGGGAUUCCAUCUCCAGCACUGCACUACAUUAAUAGGAAUAUAUAAAUCUAAGUCAGGUCUGUUAUAAAGUUAUACAUGCGCAUUCAUACUGUGAGUAGCAUUGACUUGGGCGUGUCCUUGCCAUUGCUGGAUAUGAGCCAAGUCAGAUACUGAUGUUGGACUUGAGUGUGUGGCCGAGAAGGGUGAGGGUAGGAACAGUUCAUUUCUUAGGAAGAAUCGACAAUGCUUCCAUUACUAAGGAAGGAACUGACAUGGCUUGCUACGAUCUGGAGGUGGGCUCUCAAUCAUCGCUAUGGCCGCAAGGGCAGAUCGCUUUUUGUUGUUGUUGUUUCAGACAGGGUUUCUCUGUGGACCAGGCUGGCCUUGAACUCAGAAAUUCACCUGCCUCUGCCUCCCAAGUGCUGGGAUUAAAGGUGUGCGCCACCACCACCCGGCUUCGCUCUUUUUCAUAACACACACAGAAUGCAAUGAGCUGACCAGUGUCUGAUGCCUGCAUUAGAACUAAUUUUUUUCCUUGAGGCAGGCUUUGGGUUUUGGCCAGUGAAAGCCUGGGUUUAUAGGUAUGUGUCACCACCCAGCUUUAUUCUUUAAAGCAAGAGAAUGUAUAAUUUUGAAAAGAAUUAAAGAGGAAAAUGAAGUUGGAGAAUCAGGAACAGGAGUGUGGCGUGGUCUCCAUACCAGAUAAAUGGGCAUGGCGGUGCAUACCGGAGAUCCCAGCAUCUGAGAGAUCGUGAGUUCUAGCUCAUCCUUUGAAACAUGAGCUCGUGUCAUGAUGAACAAAAACAAACCAUAAAUACAAUCAAGAUCAUGCAGCAACCCUGGCUGGCCUUGAACUCGGAUCCACCUGUGUUGCCCCACCCCCACUGGGAGUAGAAGUCUGCACUUUCUCACUUGGCCACUGCUCAUUUUGCUCAAAAAACCUUUCAGUUAGAUGUUUAAGGAGCUAUGAUGAUGUGGCCACACGUGACAGUGGCAUUUAUGCACAGUGUUCCGGAGGUGACAAGCAGCUAGAAUCUUGGUCAAAACUGACUCGGAAAGUUUCCUUUGAAAUUUCAUUAUUUUUAUGUGUUUCUGUCACAAGGGCUCUAUCUUUGUCAUAAUGGUUUUAUUAAAACAUUUGUCUUUUUUUCUUG